AUUUAAUUGCAGAGUAUGUAAAAGGUAGCUAAAGACGUCACUUGGUUCUACACAAUCACAAGAGCUAAUUGCAACCUCGUACACGAUGUCUCCACACACCAAAACCGACACCCCGACCUCGGGCACAACCGGGACAGGGACCUUCACAGCUUCCGCCGGCCCUAAGUCUACUUUCGGGGCCGGAUCCUCCAAAACGGGAAAAUCACGUGGAUCUAGUCGGCGGAGAAGAAACAAGGAAAAACUGGUAGAGAAGAAGUGGAUGAUAUUUGAACCACCCUCCGAAGACGAACCCUACCCCGGCAUGACUAUCGUGGACACGAAAGAGGGAGUUAUCGAGGCUUUCGAGAAAAUCAACCAUUACCUGAAGCCGAGAGUGAAGCAGGCUACCAGAGAAAUAUUCGUCUCGUUCGGAGGACACAACAUCUCAAGAGACGGUUUUAUCUCGCUGAUAGCGGUGACAGAAGGUAAUGGUAUAACCUACCUCUUCGAUCUAAUAACUCUCGAGAAUGAACUUUGGGAUAAUGGCAUGAGGGACUUUCUAGAGAUCCCGUACAAUGAGAAAGUGGUAUUCGAUACCAGGGAAGUGAAGGAUUGUUUGACUAACAACCACGGCUUCGUCUACAAAGGUAUGUUCGAUCUACGAAUUAUCGAGGUUAUGCAGAGGGGAAAAGUUAAAACAUACAAGGGUCUACCACACGAGAAGAUUGAAAAAGGAGGAAUAACAAAGACAGUGGUCUCAAAAACUUUCCUCUUCAAGAUAGAUGACAUAUUCACAUAUUACGUCAAACCUUCUGAACGGGAAGAAAUGAAAUAUAUAGAGGAAAAGCUCGAGGAGAAAACAUGGAGGAGUAGAAAAAAUGGAAUCGAGAAUAACUGCCAGCGUUGGGUGUUCGAAUACCAGAAGUUUCUGAUAACACUAUGGAGAAACUACAAGUUCGGGACUAUCCAACAGGACAAGUUGUGGUGGAUAUCGUCGGAACUUUACAACGCUCUCUUCCACGACAAGGACCUCCGAACAUACAAUAAGUUUGAGGUUAACAAUCUGGUGCCCAAGUUUGUACUCUGUGUAGGAACAACUGACCAGCCUCUUGGUGGGGUCAGGUGUGUCAAGUGUUUCAGGAUGAUGCCUAGCACCGAGUUUACCCAGGCGAUGAUCCGUAAUAGAUCUAUCUGUGCCUGUACCAACUGUGUGCUCAUGGCAUCUGACAAUAUAAAGCAACCAAAGGCGACAGCAAAACCACCGAAAAAGAAGAAGAAGACCAAGAAGAAGAAAGUGAGGAUAGCAGGGGGCGAUCCAGGCGGGGACUCUUCCAGCGGUAUAUCUGCAGCAGGGGGUGAUUCUUCAGGGGAUGAGAAGGACAGUAAAUAAUUUCUCGUGAUGGAGAAUAGUAAAUCUUAGAAGAUGUUAGAGGAUUGUAUGUGUUGUUUAGUGAGCCCGCCGUAUUCCAUGAACUGCCCAUUUUCUGUUCAUAGCACAUUAUAUAAUUACAACCUAAUAAAUUUGAGUAAUUUAACGCUGUAUAACCAAAAACGAUCAGGGAAAAGGUGACGUCAUUGUCUUAUAGGUUAGAUUGUUAAUUUGAGUUAUGUUAGAUUUACAGUUGUUGGAGUCGAGUUAUAAAGCAAUUUUUGUAAAUAAAUUAGAAUCAAUAAUUAUUACAACGAUAACAUUGAAUUAGUACAAUU